GCCGCGGGCAGUCUGUGAGCGCCAGCGACGCCAACCGCGCGUACCGGCGCACGCGCAUGUUACACUGUGACGUAGUGGAAUGAUUUAAAAAAUAUAAAUUAAAAAAAUUGUGUCAAAAUGAAAGUGGAAAAGGAAACGUUGGCCGGUCCAGUGGACUCAAAGCCCAUUAUCUCCGACAGGAAGGGGAGUUUGAAGGUGACCAUUACUCCGGCGCAGCACAAGACCCUCACACACUUGCCCAAGCGGCCGCCAGUUGACCUGGCCUUUACUGACCUGACCUACAGGGUCCAGGAGGGAAGAAAGAGCAAUGUCAAGACCAUCCUCAAGUCGGUGUCAGGCCGGCUGGGCAGCGGGGAGCUCACGGCCAUCAUGGGACCCUCGGGCGCUGGCAAGUCCACGCUGCUCAACAUACUCACGGGAUACAAGACAUCAGGAAUGGAAGGCAGCAUCACAGUCAACGGUAUGGAGCGCAACCUGUCUAGCUUCCGCAAGCUGUCGUGCUACAUCAUGCAGGACAACCAGCUGCACGGCAACCUGACUGUUGAGGAAGCCAUGGCUGUGGCCACUGCGCUGAAACUGCCUUCCGCUACCACCAGGGCUGAUAAGGAGGAAGUGAUCCAAGAGAUUCUUGAAACCCUCGGCCUAUCGGAGCACCACAAGACCAUGACAUCCAACCUCUCCGGUGGCCAGAAGAAGCGUCUCUCCAUAGCCUUGGAACUCGUUAACAACCCUCCAAUUAUGUUCUUCGACGAGCCAACUUCAGGCCUGGACAGUUCUUCUUGCUUCCAAUGUAUCUCCCUGCUGAAGACACUAGCAAGAGGUGGCAGGACUAUCAUCUGUACCAUCCACCAGCCGUCUGCGAGGCUGUUCGAGAUGUUCGAUCAUCUGUACACAUUAGCUGAUGGACAGUGCGUCUACCAAGGCAGUACGGGGCGUUUAGUGGAGUGGCUUGGUAGUCUCAGUCUUCAGUGUCCGUCGUACCACAACCCUGCCUCGUUCAUCAUCGAGGUGUCUUGCGGGGAGUAUGGUGACAACACCGGCAAACUGGUGCGGGCUAUCGACAAUGGCAAACAUAAUAUCAGAACUGGAGUACCGUUCCCAGACGCGAAGGUCCCGGAAUUCAACAACAAGAAGGACAUGGAAGUCUCGCUGAACACCAACAAGGAGUGGAACAAGAACGACCUGGCCCAAGUACCUGAGAAGUUCCGGAAUGAUGUGGCCAACGGCAAUGGUACCAGCAAUCUUCAGAACGGGAUCCUGCAAUACGCCGCCAAUGAGAUUGCUAAAGGCAAAGGCGAGCCCCUGGUGGUCCAGAUGGACACGGAGAAGCAAGACAACGCAGAAGUGGCAUUGCUAGGCGACAACGGGUCACCGCGCCGGUACGCCACAUCUGAGUUGACUCAGUUCUGGGUCGUCUUGAAGAGAACGUUACUCUUCAGUAGAAGAGAUUGGACAUUGAUGUACCUGCGACUAUUCGCCCACAUCCUGGUCGGGUUCCUGAUCGGCGCGCUGUACUACGAUAUCGGCGACGACGGCUCCAAGGUGCUGUCCAACCUCGGUUUCCUGUUCUUCAACAUGCUCUUCCUCAUGUACACCUCAAUGACCAUCACUAUACUUAGCUUCCCCCUGGAGAUGCCGGUGCUGGUGAAGGAACACUUCAACAGAUGGUACUCGCUGCGGUCGUACUAUUUGGCCAUCACUGUUUCCGACAUACCAUUCCAGGCGAUAUUCUGCAUUAUCUACGUGGUGAUUGUGUACCUGCUGACGUCACAGCCGCUGGUCUGGUUCCGGUUCUCCAUGUUCCUGUCGUCGUGUCUGCUCAUCUCCUUCGUAGCCCAGAGCGUGGGGUUAGUUGUCGGCGCUGCUAUGAAUGUCCAGAACGGCGUGUUCCUGGCACCUGUGAUGUCGGUACCCUUCCUGCUGUUCAGCGGUUUCUUCGUGUCGUUCAACGCCAUACCUGUCUACUUGCGAUGGAUCACGUACCUCUCAUACAUCAGAUAUGGGUUCGAGGGUACCGCGCUCGCUACCUACUCGUAUGACCGGCCCAAGUUGCAGUGUCAUCAGUCGUACUGCCACUUCAAAAACCCGCUGACUACCCUGGAGGAGCUAGACAUGCAAGACGCAGACUUCACCUUGGACAUCGCAGCCCUAUGUCUCAUCUUCGUCGUACUCAGGGUUGCCGCCUUCCUCUUCCUGCGCUGGAAACUCAAGUCCACCCGAUAAGCAACAGCUAGGUGGUAAGAACGGUGCUUUGAUGUUUUUGACUUCAUUUCUCAGGUAGUGGAUUUGAAAUGAAAAAAUGAUUUCGACUUGGUUUUUUUGGAGUGGAUUUGAGUUUAUGAAUCGAUAUUAAAAAUCAAGUUUCUAACGGUAUUUUAUGAAAGUAAUACGACAGAAUACAAUAAAAUUCACAUCUUUUAAAUAAAUGCCCUACGGUUAAAGAAUCAAGUUGUAAAAGAAAAAGAAAUUGGAUACACAGAUAUUAAAGUCUUAACAAUAAGCGAUUCCUAUUUCUUAUUUUAUUAAUACAGAAAAGUUAUAGCUUCAAAAAGCCUUUUCUACUAAUGGCAACAUUGAAAUAAUUUUCAAUGUUGCCAUGUUGCCACCAAUGUUACCAUCACAAAUGUUGUCAAAUAUCAAAGCAAGACUUGAAAAUCAAAGUUUUAACGACAAGGCACCGUAAUAUUUAGUAAAUAAAUAAUUUACCUAGACAGACAAGGAUGUUUUAGCGCGUGGCCAAAAUGAGAACUAAGGCCCCGUCUUAUGACAAACGUAAUUUUUGACAGUUGUUAUUUAUAACACCACACCAGCACAUCAGCGCCCUCCUGUAAAUGUGUUCCACGCGACAAAACAUUCUUGUCGGUAUAUAACCUCUAGAGAAAUUAUAGACGGGUAUAUUUUUUGUUUAAUUUUAUUAUUGGGCACAUCAACAGUACAAACGCGUUACAAUCAAUAUGACACUUAUAGGCUUGUACUAAUACCAUAGAAUAAAGAAUAAUACUACGUACAGAACGGCAACUCUCCGCUCCCCACCAGCGUCUGAGCCAGGUUUACCUCACCCCCCUCGGACAUUGUUUAGACUUGAAUCGUAUGGUGUCAGACGUCACACACACAGAUGCGCGUGUACGAUAAUGUCAAUGUGUAGUGUCUGUGUAAAACGAGGUAUUUUGUAUGAAGUGUCCGAGGCCGGGGUGUGCUAAUGCAUAAACCAAUUACAGAUGUGCAGAACUUUGGAUAUAAAAACUUAAUGAAAAGGGAUUAUAACUAGUUUUUUCUUUGCCAAGCGCAUGCGUUCUUGACAAUUGUUCUUGUUUUGUUUUUUCUGUGACGGUACUGUUUUGGUAUGCGUUUAAAAAGACGUUGAUUUUCGUCUUAUGAGUGUGCGACGGUCAGAUAUAUGCUUGUAUUCCGCACUUCCCCCAAAAAAGUCUCAGAAAAAAUGUAGGGUAACGUUAGCCCAAACGCGAUUCCCGUCUAUAAUUUCUCUGAAGUGUGUUAACAGUUAUACGCAGUUAUUGUGAUAGACACAUUGUUCAGAUACAAGGUUAGGACGAUGCCUUUUACUAAACUGUCGAACAAUUUAAUACAUUCUUUAGCUGUAAUAAAGAAGUUAUUGCUUAAACAUACUUCUUAAAAUACACACACAUAUUUGCUCAUAUAUAAUUUUAAUACCUAUAAAAAUGUCUACAUUCAAACACCUCCCCCCCCAACCGACCACUUUCCCCCUCCCCCAAUCCCGCUCUCCUCCUAACCCCUCUUUAGCUAUGUCAUGACAUUUUUUGUUACUAUAAGACUAAAAUAUUUCUUUUUGGUCAAAUAUCUAUCGUAUACAAUACAAGUGCCUUUCGACUUUCUUGACAAUUGUGAUCAAAUGUGAUACUGUCACAGAAUAAAAAGAUUAAUUUCCAUUUUUAUGUAGAUAUAGAUAUGCUACUUUUCGCUAUAAUUUAUAUUUAUAUUCCUAGAUUAAGUUCAACGAAAUAUUUACUGUGCAUGUUCUUGUGGAAUCAGGGUGCGGAAUAAAUAUUAAAUGUUUCAUUUUAAUACUAUUUUAGUGCCGUUUAUUGCGAUAUAUAAUCUGGGCCAAAGUUCUUUUUUUAAAUGUCAAUUACGAAAAAAGAACACUAAAUAUAUGUAACGUUAUAAGAUCUGAAACAUUCGCCCCUUCAUGAAACUACUAAAACCAUAUUUUACAGAUAAAUAAAUUCCGUAUUUAUUAGGUCAAUAAACUCGAUCAUUAAUAAAAUAAGAGAAAUCAAUCCAUACAGCCUUGUCUGAAUAAUGUUUUUUUUUACAAAGUUUGAAAGAAGACUAUUUAUUUAUAAGGGGAAUGAAAUAUAUCUUUUUUAAUUUUCUUUCCAUCGUCAUUCCCUUGUCUUGCCGCUCUGGCUUGCCUCCAUGUCAAGACUAGCGUUAAGUUUGCGAAGAAGCGAAGGGUUAUGAUGGUUACGCGACAAAAACAUUACAGAAAAACAUGUCACGUUUAAAACUAUGUAAGUGUGUACUUUAGAACCCUCUCGCAUUUACAUAUUUGACAUUCAGUGAGUCUUUGUUUCAAUUUUUCAAAUGUGUUAAUGAGACACGGUUGUAAUAUUUUUAGACGUGACCGUAGAACCUGUUGUUCUUAGUUACAAUAAUAUAUUUUCUGUAUUUUAUUCACCAUUCUGUAUGGGGUUGCCUUUUUUGUGUAAAUUCUCGUGUCUGCUUUAUCAACUAUAUUAUUAUUAAAAAAAAACAGUAUAAUUUUUGUGCCCUAUAUAACGUGGCUUGAUUACAGUGACAUAUCUCUCGUCUCUUUCGCGCUAAGAGAUGUACUAUAUCUCUGUCCUGUUGUCAUUAUACUCAUGCUACGUUAAAUAGGGUAUGAUUGUUCGCGUUCCUAUCAUAAUUUCUGUAUCUUCAUUACUCUGUACUUUUAAAAUUAGACUAUAACCUGGGAUAACGGUAAUGUCUAUUGUACUUAGCUUUAGGUAGAAGAAAUACGGUCCAAUAUAAUAAAGCUGAUAAUUUAGGUAGCUCUAUGGUUCUAGUUAGUUCUAAAUAAUAUAAUGAUGUUUUGUAUAAUUUUUGAAUAAAUGGUUUAUGAUUUUUUAAUAA